AAAUCGAAACAUCAAAAAUAAAGUUGCUGCGAGCGCGAAUUUAAUCAAUAUUUGGCGAUAAAACGAAGAUAAAGUUGCAUCUAGUGAUAGUAUGAUGCAAUCAAAGUGAAGUGCAUUUCUGAAAUAUUCGGUCUUAACAUAAAAAGUUGCCUAGAAAAAGCGAAAUAAGAAAAAAUAAAAAUAGUGAGGAAGAAAAAUUCCAAUGUUUCACAUAAUCAAAAUAAAUAGGGUUUAGUGGCAAAUUCAUCUCUGAAUCAAUAAGUUUACGAAAAAGGAAAAAUCAAAUCAUGAGUCGCCAAAAUUUCCAUUACACUACAACUCAAAUGACAAGUGAUCAAGCCUCAGCAGCGAUGAUAGAACAUGACGCGGCGGCAUUGGCUGCUGAGAUGUUUGAUCACUUCUGUUCAGCAAUGACAAUGCGACAGAUCUUAGGAUUAUACCGAAACAUGUGUGAUACGAUUGGGCUUCGUCCAGGCCCAUUGAAUGAAUUUUACCCCAAGCUCAAAGCAAAAAUCAAAAACUGGAAAGCACAGGCAUUGUGGAAGAAGUUUGACGCACGUUUGAUGCAUCGUGUAUAUAAUAAAGGAUCGGCAUGUACAGGGACGAGAGUUCUCAUAAUUGGAGGUGGGCCUUGUGGCUUGAGACCAGCCAUUGAAGCGCAACUUCUUGGGGCAAAGGUUGUCGUUGUUGAAAAGCGUGAUCGCAUCUCAAGGAACAAUGUUUUACAUUUAUGGCCUUUUCUAAUACACGAUCUUCGAUCACUCGGCGCAAAAAAGUUCUACGGAAAGUUUUGUGCUGGGUCUAUUGAUCAUAUCUCAAUUCGACAAUUACAAUGCAUUCUCAUGAAAGUUGCACUUCUGCUCGGUGUUGAAAUUCAUGAAGGUGUUGGCUUUGAACGUCUCAUUGAACCAACUGAUGGUUGUGGAUGGCGAGCAUUAGUAGAACCACGAAAUCAUGCAGUUUCACACUUUGAAUUUGAUGCGCUGAUUGGUGCCGAUGGGAAACGCAAUACCUUAGAAGGCUUCAAACGAAAAGAGUUUCGUGGAAAGUUAGCCAUUGCCAUUACCGCUAAUUUCAUUAACAAACGAACCGAGGAAGAAGCAAGAGUUCAGGAAAUAAGCGGCGUUGCUUUCAUCUUCAAUCAGUCGUUCUUCAAAGAAUUAUAUCAUCAAACGGGUAUUGAUCUGGAAAAUAUUGUUUACUACAAAGACGAGACUCAUUACUUUGUGAUGACAGCUAAAAAGCAUAGCUUGUUAGACAAGGGCGUAAUCAUACAAGACUUCAGUGAUCCCGCUGAGUUACUUCAUCCAAAUAAUGUUAACACGUUAAAAUUACAAGAUUAUGCAAGAGAAGCUGCUAACUUCUCCACCAAGUACCAGAUGCCCAAUAUAGAGUUUGCUGUGAAUCAUUAUGGAAAGCCAGAUGUGGCGAUGUUUGAUUUUACGAGCAUGUUUGCUGCUGAAAAUUCGUCGAGAGUUAUUGUAAGGAAAAAUUAUCGUCUUUUAUCAUGCUUGGUUGGUGAUAGCUUGCUUGAACCUUUUUGGCCAAGUGGAAGUGGCUGUGCUCGCGGAUUUCUCUCAGGAAUGGACGCUGCUUAUGCCAUAAAACUAUUUUCAAAUUCAAACAACAGUUGCUUAGCUGUGCUUGCUCAACGUGAAAGUAUUUAUCGACUUCUUGCGCAGACAACACCUGAGAAUCUUCAUCGUGAUCAUGGUGGAUAUACACUCGAUCCAGUGACAAGAUAUCCGAACCUUAAUCGACAAUCGGUAAUUCCCCAUCAGGUCAAACAUCUUCUCGACACUGAUGAUCAAAGUUUGUUGGAACAAACCUUCAUGGAUACAAAUGCUAUUCAAACGUUACCAGAAAUUCCACACAAAACACGUAAACGACGCACUGCUGAUGCAACACCGAUGGCAAAUGUUCUCCUUGGAUGGAUUAAAAGUCAUCUUAAAGAUCAGGAUUUUGUUGCCAACAUUACAGAACCAUCGCAAUGUUUCACACAUGGAAAGGUUCUUUGUGCGCUUAUUCACAGAUAUCGACCUGACUUGGUCGAUUGGGCGUCAGUUAAAGAAUAUUCUGCCGAAGAAUCAAAUGAACUUGCUUUUAGGAUUCUUGAAAAAGAAUUUAAUAUACCACGAAUCAUGUCGUCAGAAGAGUCGAUGACUUUGGAAAAUACUGAUAUCAAAAGCUGGUUACAUUAUCUUGAAGUGAUUUGUGAGGUAUUUCGUGGGGAAAUUCCUCAUGUUAAACACCCAAAAUUGGAUUAUGCUGAAUUUAAACAGAAGAGUCAAAAUGCCAAUACAAUGGCCGAAUUCGCAAGACUUCAUCGCGCUGCAGCAGCUAAACGAGAAGUAUUAAAAGAUGAGAAUGGCGCUAGUCAUGUGACUUCAAGUGGACGAAAGUCACAUCAGAAACUGGCAGUAGCUGAGAAAGUUACGACAUCGCCAUCGCCUCAAAACAAUGAACACCGUCGAGGGCGCAAGAGACGAAGCUACGAGAAAUAUGGAAACAUUGAAGAAAGAAUGGCUCGACUUGCUGACAUCGAUGCAAAUCGCAUUGACCGUCAAAAUCGACGACGACAACACAGAAAAAUGCAAACAGAAAAUUUCCUCAAAAGUCUUCACAUGCUACAGGCAAAUAAUUAUUUACGUGAAAGUGAAGACAGUUCGGUGGCAUUUGAAGAUUAUUCAAUUUAUAUGUAUCGACAAAAUGCACCGGAAUUUACAGAUCGUGUUAAGGAAUUGGAACAAAAGCUACUUUACCCUGAUCGUGAGCGUGGAAUUCCAUCAGCAUUACCACGAACAGGUGGAGCAAUUGACGAUCAGUUCAGUGAUCGUAUUCGUAAUAUUGAAGAAAAAUUCACAACGAAAAAUGCUGCCGCUCUUAACAAGAAGCCUAAAGAUCUUCUACGUGCAAUAGGAAAAAUCGAAAGCAACGAUUGGAACGUAAAAGAAAUUGAAAAGAAAAUGGAAAUGUCAAAGAAAAUCACUGACAUAGGAAAAAGUCGUGAGAAAGUGCCAAAGUGGAGUCGUGAACAAUUUGUUGCACGCCAAAACAAAAUGUCAAAGCCUGAACGUCAAGAUUCGUCUGAAGAGAAAUAUAAAGAAAUUGACAACACACUUAAAGCCCUUGAUAAGCAAUUGAAGGAAGGAUCUGUUCUCGAUCGUGGUGAAAGAGGAAAGAAUAAAGUUGCUUCGUUAGCCGGAACUUUUGGAAAGAAGAAAGACGAAGAAAAUGCGCAAACUGCACAGAAAGCUGGUAUUAUCUUGUCAUCACAAGGUAUUUCAGAAGCUUGUCACUUCUGUAAACAACGAGUUUAUUUAAUGGAGAAAAUAUCAGCGGAAGGUUUGACACUUCAUCGAUCAUGUUUGAAGUGUCAUCAUUGUCAUACAAGUUUAAGAUUAGGUGGUUAUGCAUUCGACCGUGAUAGCCCCGAUGGAAAGUUCUACUGCACCCAACAUUUUAAAUUACCACCAAAAGAUGCAAAGUUCGUUCCAAAGCGACUUCUUCACAAACAAAGACAACAAGACUAUGCUGCUUUCAAAGCACAGAAGCAACAAGAAGCAGCUCGAAAAGGUGGUGAUGAAGAUAUGAUGGACAAUCGUGGCAAAACACCGGAAAGAAUUGAAUUUGAAAAUGCUGACGGAAUUUCUGAUGGCGAACCACCAGAAGAUCAAAUUAUGGAUGAAAAUGAGUGGACUGAUGUAAAUUUUAGAACGGGAUCGGAAGACGAAGAUGAUGAUUCAAGUUCAGAUGAAUCAGAAAGUGAUUCUGAUAUGUUCGAAGAUCCAGUUGGAGUUGACGCUCAAACACUUCAACUUGCAUCUGAAUGGAUUGAUAAGCGAUCAACAUUACAAGAUAGUGAAGAUGAAUUUUAUGGAUAUUCAAGUGAAGACGAUGAUGCAGACUCACAAACUGAAGGAGAAGAAUUGGCAAAAGCACGUGAAAUGAGAAUGAAUGAAGUUAAAUUGCAACCACCGCUUUACGUUCUCACUGACACUGAAACUGAGGGUGUCAAAAAAGAAACGACACAUAAUAAAAAAGAAUUUGAUAAUGUAAUGUCCAAUAAUAGUUUAGUUUGUAAUAGUUCCCUUAGUUUGCAAUCCUUUGACCAACCCAAUCCAAAAGAUGAGCUUUUACGAUCUGAUAUGAUGAAAAAAUUAAGUUUAAAAGAAAAAUGGUUGAAUGAACAAGCAGCUGCUGCUUCUGCUAAAGUUUCAAAUUCCCCUAUUGUUGAUAAUGAAAUGUCAAUGGAAGUUGAUCAAACAUCGAUGAAAGAAGAAAAGAAAUCUUUCUUCGAUGGAAUAAUCAGUAGUGUUAAGCAGUUGAUUAAACAUGAGAAGCCUGAGAAGAAUAAAUCCAUGUCACAGUCAAAUAUGGAAUCAGAGGUCAAUAUCGACAAACUUAUGUCGGAUGAGAAAGUUGAUGUAGAUAAUUUCGAUGAAUUAGUAGUUGAGUCAGACCAGCCGGUUAAAGGAUGUGUUAGCAAACGUAUCGAAGCUUUUUUGCAAAAACAAAAAAGUGAAGAAGUACGUGAAGAAGCUGAUGAAAUAUUGUACGAUAUUAAGGAAGGAAAUGAACGGAUGGCGAAACAAAUACGUGAUAUGGAACAGAAAAGAUUUUCUGAUAACAUGAAAGCAAUCAAAUCGAGUGUUGUUGAUUCAAAAGUUGCGUCGAUAAAGGAAGUAAAUCUCUCGAAAUAUUUCCCAACACAACUGGAAAAGAAACCGCCAGCAGUUGCAAAGAAUCGCGAUGUAAAAUCUUUGAAAGAUGUCAACCUUUCAAAGUAUUUUCCUUCUGCGAGUCCGACAUCUGGUAGAAGGCCUUCGGGAUCGCCUUCAGGACAUUCAGCAACUUCAAGCACAGCAGCGUCACCUUUGAUGCCGAGGAAAAAUGUCAAUGAAAUUGAUUUAGCGAAUUACUUUCCCGGCUCACCAGCAGCCAGUCGAAAAACUUCAACUUCAACUCCACCGACGUCUCCAUUGACAGAAAUUGCACCGACUUUUGAAAGAAGGUUUUCGGUUUCAUCGAUUCCCCCUCCACCCCCACCUCCAGUUCCCAAGAAAAACAUUUUAUCACUACAAACAGUCAAGAAACGACAACAAACCCCACCGAGUAAUGAAAAUGUUUGCAAUAAUUUGCAAAGAAAAGUUGAAGAAACUUUGCCAGUUACAAAGUCGCAACAAACAACGAAAAAAGAAGACUUUAACAUGUUCGAUCAGUUGCUCGAUGGUGCAAUUGAUUUGAAAGAAAUUGAGGAAGUCAUGGAAAUAGAUUUGGAUAAUUUUGAUUCAUUGAUUAAAGAAGUGAAGUUGGAAGUGUCGCCAAGCAAAGAAUAUGAAGAGAUUUUUGAAGAGAAGAAGAAAUUAAUAACAAAAGAAAAGUCUCGGGAAAAUGUCGAAGAUUCAAAGAUUGAACUUUCAACUCCACAACCAGUAAAAGUUUCAACAAAGAAAAAAUCAAAAAAGAAAACCGUGAAAAAGAUGGAAAUUUUUGAAAAGCUUUCAAUUGAUCCAAACAUCUUUCAAACACUCACAAAUGAAUAUCAACGAUUGUUACUUGAACUCGAAAGGUCUUCAAAAUCCCCUGAGAGUGAAGAAUCAACUUUAUCUCCUGAAUCUAAUGUUGACGAACAGAAGGAGAAAUUGUCACCAGUUUUGUCUCGAUUAGACAGUAAAAGAAAAUCUCCGCAACGAACUGAAGAUUGUAAGAAGUUUAAAGAAGAAAUUAAUGAACCAAAACAAGAAUCAAUUUCAAUUUCGACAGUAUCGGAAGCUGAUGAAAGUUCAGUCAUUGCACGUUUAGAACGUAAAUAUCGUCGUGGUUCUACAAAAUCAUUUGAAGAAAAUGUUGAAAGCGAACAGCCUGAAAAAGUCGUCGAUUCUGAACAAUCUGUGAACGUCAUUGAAAGACUUGAGAAGAAAUUAAUGGAGAAGCGAAAGAUGAGUCUUCAAGACUCAAUUCAAGCAAUUGAAGAUCAACCCACAUACAAUUACGUACCCAAAAUAAAUUUCGACAAUAACCAUGAAAAUAAAAUCAUCGCUGAAUGUAAACUUGAGACGAAACCGCCCAUACCCUUAAAGAAACCGGAAGUCAAUUGUUUUGAAACACUUUUAUCACUUCCUAAAGAAAAUAUCGAUGAUAUUUUUUCAGAGUUUGAAAUGACUGAGAAAGAAACAGAAAAAGCUUUGAAGGAAUUCCAGAAAAACUUUGAAAUGUUGACACAAGAAGACAAAUUGACAGAGGUUCCUUUAGACAACAUGAAGACAAUUCAUGACAUUGACCUUGAACCUUUACAACAAAUUGAACAUGAUGUUUCGCUCAAAAGUGAUAGUAGCUUUGACCAAAAUCAGAAUCCGAGUCAAUUGACGGAUAAAUUAGAAACGAAGAACACGAAUAAAAAUCUUCACCUCGAUUUGGCUGAAAUUGAUUUCGCCAUCAGUGAACGCCCAUUGAAUCUUGUUAAUCUCUUCCCACAUCAAAUUUCUGUUGAUGAUGAAAAAGUUUGCGUACUCAAAUCAUCACAGUCGUUGAACUCAAAUAAUGAUGACAAAGUAGUUUCGAGUUCUAAAAACAUGUCAAAAGAAACGAACGAAAACUUUUCUGAAGUGAAGAAAUGUGAAAAGAAAUCUUCAGUUCCCGAAAGUUAUUUGAAUGUUUUGAAGGAAAUUUCUUCCGGUCUUAUUGGAUUUGAAGAUGAACCUUUAUCAUUCAUUGAUUGUCAAAUUAAAGUUGAACCUGAAAAAGCAAAAUUAUCGACAGUCACAGAGACAAAGAAGGAAAAUGCUAAAGAAAAUUACAUAAAAGUUUUGCAAGAUAUCUCGUCAAAUUUCGCAGAACUGAACCUUAAAGAUGACGAUUCAAAGAAAGAGAUUAAAUAUUCUCAAAUAAUUCCACCAUCUGUUCAAGAUCCAACAUCAACUUUAUCUCAUGAUUUGUCGGAAUUUACAAACGCUGAUGAUAAUAAAAUGACACAACCUGAUUUUUCUGAUGUUGAAGACAACAAAACUCCAAUUCCUCCAGUUCGAAAGCACAAAAGUGUUGAAAGCAGUGAAACAUCUCCUGAACCUGUUCAGAUGAGAUCAAAGAAAAUUCUACCAACAAGUAAAUCUUUUGAUAAUGACACUUUAAGUGGUCGAACAUCUAAGAAUUCAACAGAAUAUUACGAUCAUUAUUAUCCAAGAAGUAAUUCUGGAAAUCUGUUAGAUAAAAACGAAACAGAAACGAGAAGGAAUUCAGCAGAAAGAAUCAGAAACCGUCAACGCGCAAUUGAUGACUUGAUUGUAAAGUCAGCAAACUCUCGUGGUUAUGACUUUGAAGAUCGUUCAUUGAUGAGAAGACCAACAGAUUUCCGUCGUGAAGCUUCAGAACCGUCUGAUUCAAGAAUGUUACUUGAACGAAGUCAUUUGUUGCAUCGGAGAAAAGAAAGCUUUAUGAGAGAUCAAAUGAAUGAGUCGACCAAUCCUUACAUUCGUGAGAUGAUGAAGCAAAAUUUUUACAAUCCCAUUGACAUUUCAGAUAUUCAAUAUAUUCGGAAGCAUCCGACAGUUCCGUUAGUGUCAACCUCACACAUGUCAUCAUAUCGACCAUCGACUUAUGUUCCCAAAGUUCCACCGCGAACUUAUGGAAGAUCUCAAGUUCUCAGCUAUUCAAGACCUUCAACUUAUAAUUCAACAUCAAUUGGUUACACGCCACCGAGCAGUAGCACAGCUGCACAUAUCCUUACCAAGUCUCAUACCUUAUCACCUAAUUCGGGUCAUGGAAUUAGUUCAUAUCCAUCACGACAAAGACCUCUAACUUCGUUAUCCGAUCAACAAUCGUCAAAUCGAUUUAUGAAACAAUCACGCCAAAAUUCCGAUUCAUCCGAUGAAGCAUUAAAUUCAGCAACUGAAAUUUCAACAGACUCUGAAUUUGAUCAGGAUCCGAUAAAUCACGAUCCACCAAAAAUAUUUAUUGACGAUUCUCAUUUACGAAAACAUCCAACUCGUGUUCAAGUGAAGUCACAUCAAGUUGAAAAUGGAAAACACGCAUUUCCACAAAAACAACAACAAGAUAUUCAUUUGAAGUUCAAACCUUUAGUCGAAGUUGAUCCAUCGAUUGUGAAACGUGAACCGUUGAAGAAUCCUUUAGUUGGAAAUUAUUUGCUAAGUAAAACAGCAAGCACUGAAGGAAUUGCCUCAAAGAAGAGUCUCGAGUUGAAGAAACGAUACCUUUUGGGAGAAGCUGCCAACACGAACUCAGUUCUCAAGUCUGAUUCAGCUUCUGCACUUGACACCAAAUUGAAAAGCUUCCAUUCAAACAUCUCUGAAUGUCAAAAGUUACUCAAUCCAGCUGCCGAAAUUUCACCGUCGAUGCAAACUUUCUUACAAAGAAUCGAUCGUAAUAAUGAACUCAAUAAAAGUCAGCAUUCAAUUUCAAUCAGUAAACUGACGAAAGAUAAAUUCAACAACAAUCAAGAAGAGAAGGAAAAUCGUUCUAUCGAUUCCAAUAAGAAAGUCGACAUGUUUAUCGAUUUAACUGUCGACUCUCCACCGAAAGAACGAAGUCAGAAAGCUGAUGAACCCAAUAACAACACCACAACGCCAAUUCCUGACAUCAUCAGUAGCUUAACAACGAAAUCAACAAAAGAUGAUGAAGCUGUUGAAAGACCAAGAAGUCCUGCACAUGAGACAACCAUUGCAGUUCCACAAAUGUGGUCGAAAGCAAAAGAAAUUGAUACUGACAGUUUAUCAAUUGAAGAAUCGUCAACUUCGAGUCUCGAAGAUAUUCCGCAUUUCAUUCUCGAUUCAACAACAAGUCCGGAAACUCAGAAUGAAAUUUUAGGCUUCCAAGGAAAUCAACCGCCAAGAUUAGAAGUUAGAGAUACUUCUGGUGAAUUAAUGCAAAUUGAUAGCUUGAUGAUCAUUGAUGGUCAAUAUAUUGGAGAUCCUGAAGAUUUGCCAUUGUUUCGAACCAGGAAAGAAUCCGAACCUGAACUUGAAAAGAUUGAAACUUCAAUUGAGAAUGAACCAUCGCAAUCGUCAAACGUAAAACCAACAUUAAAGUUUGAUACGAAAAAUGAAAACAAAUUGGAGAGUUUAAAGAAUUUACCGCUGAUCGUGUCACAUGAUGAAGAAGAAGUUAAAGAAGAUGGGAAGAAAUCAUUAAGUUUGCGUUUUGUUGAAAAGAAAUCUCCAAUUUCGUCUGAUAAUGACAAGACACCAUUAGCAUGUGCUCCACCAUCACAUCAUUCAGAUUCGGAAACAGAAAAUACGGGAUUAGGACUUACAGAAACUGAGCUGUCAGAUUGGACAGCUGAUGAUGCUCUCUCAGAGAAUUUCGUUGAUGUUGAAUUUGCUUUGAAUUCGGGAAAGGGAACAAUAAAAAAGAAUAAGAAAUCAAUAGUGAGGAAAUCUAGUUCAACUGCUACACCAACGAAAUCAUCGCCACCAAAAAAAUCAAAUCCAGAAGUAGAAUGUGGAAUUUUAAAGAAUUUGGCAAUUGAAGAAAUUGAUUUUAUGGAUACGGGAUCGGAAGAGAGUUGCGUUGAAACGUUGUCAGCAACAAAUCGUGCGAUGCUUAAGAAUCGUGGAUAUGUGAAGUUCAUUGAUCAUCAACAUCAUCUCAAUAGAAAUGUUCAAUACAAUGCUUAUGAACAACAACAUAAUGUGAAAGAGAAAUCACCACCGGUUGUUGAAGCAAUCAACAUGGAGAUCAUAAAUAUUGAUUUUAUCGAGCAGGGUGCAUGCAUUUUAAACAACGACAAGACUCCGAUGAAUGAAGAUCCUUUGGACAGUUUAAAUGGUUCAUAUGAUGACAUUGAUGAUGACAGUUUAGUGACGAAUGAAGAUAAAAAUCAAGUUGAAAGUUUACCAACAACUUUAACGACGACAACUGAAACUGAAGAACUGACAAUUGUUACAAGUCCCGAAUCAUUAGUGAAACAACAUGAAGAAGCAACUACACCAAUAAAUACAACAAGUACUCUCGUGACAAGUGAUUCAACUGUAUCAGAAAAAGAUCAAGAACCGAUAAGAUUUGAAAGAUUGAGUGAAAGAACUUCGAGUUCUGGUCGUGUAAGUCGCGAGCAUAUUGAAGAAAUGGGUGGCUAUGAGGAGUACGUUAAAAGUCUUCAAAUGAAAAUCGCACAAAUCAGUAGUGGUCGUGAGUCGCUUGAGAAGAAACCACGAAGGAAAUUAUCAAAAAGUGAUCUCCUUUCUGAUGAUAAUAAAUUUUCUGAUGUAAACAAACCUACAACGUACACAACGCCAUCUGUUGUCCAGGUUGAGUCAUCACCAAGUUUGAAGACAAAACUUGAAGAAUUUGCGAAAGAACGAACGAAGCAAAAAGACAUCAUUCAUGAUUUGGUGAUGGAUAAACUUCAAGCCAAGAAGCAGAUGAAUGCUGAGAAGCGAAUGAAUCGAAGUCGAAAUCGAAAUUUAUUUAUGGAAUCAAUUAAAGCUCCUAACACACCACCGCCAACACCGCAAACGAAAAAUGUGAUAACUUAUCGAGAAUCAGUCAAUAAUCUGAAGGAAUUUGAUGAAAAAAGACCAAAUGGAGAUCAUAACGCUACUAAUGGUGAAAGUAGUCGACCGCAAGUAAUGAAAACUCAGUCAUUCUGUUACCACACAAAACAGAUCCCAAUUAACGAUGAAGUAUUUGAAUUCAAAACUCCUGUACCACCACCAAGAAGUCGCAUUCAAAGUGCAAGUGAGUUAACAAAUACCGCUGAUAAAAUGCGAGAAGACGCACGAGCCCGUGCAAGACUCAAAUCAAAUGAAGAUCUUGGAUUGAGCCCUGAAGAGAAAAUUUUAAUGCUUCGACGUCGUUACAAUUUGAUGCCGAAUGUUGACAAUCAAGCAAAGUCAUUACUUUUUAGUAAUGGUCGUAACCAAUCCGAUGAUAUGAAAUAUCGUGAAAAGAAACUUUCAUUGUCAAAAAGUUUUAAUGACAUUAGUAAAAUGAAUCGAAGAUCUAAAGAAUUUAGUGACACACUUGAUGGAUUUAGGAAACGUUCUUGUGAUUUUCUAUCGGAUCCUAAUCUAAAUGAGAUUAAUGAAGUUGAUAACCAGCGAGCAAGCAAAGAUCGUUUAUCGGACACAACAUCAACAUCAGGCAUGUUCAGCCGUUUCCGUUUAUCACCCAAGUCGAAAGAUUCUUCCAAAGACAAAGCGAAGGAAAAAGAAGCGACACCACCUUAUGGGAAUGAACGAUGUAAAUCUGUUGCUUGUUUAAAUAAUAAACAAAGACCAACUUCGAUUGUUGAAGUUGAACAACCACCACCAAUCCCACCAUUGCCUUUGAACUAUCAACGAUCAGAUGACGAAGGCAGUUAUCCAAACAACGAUUCGAGAAAUGAAUUAAAAAAAUUACGAGCAUUGUCGAAAGCAUCUAAACAAGCGGAAUUGAAACGCCUGAGAAUUGCACAAGAAAUAAAACGCGAACAAGACGAAAUUGAUUUAAAAAUCAAAGAUUUGGAAACACGUGGUGUUGAGCUUGAGAAAUUGCUUCGUGGUGAAGGUCAAAAUAUGGAACAAUUAAAUGAAACGAGUUUGUCUCGUAUUGGAAAUUCUGAUGAAGAUUUGCUUAAGGAAUUGUUGGAUAUUUGGCGUAACAUUACUCAACUUAAGAAGAGAGAUGAAGAGUUGAAUAUAAGACAACAGGAAUUGCAGCUUGAACACCGACAUGCUCAACUGAAGGAAGAAUUGUCAGUUCGACUUUCAUGUAGCAAACUUGAUAAAUCGGCACAAGAUGUUGCAGCGGAAGGUGCAAUCUUAAGUGAAAUGUUGGAGAUUGUAGCAAAACGUGCUGCAUUACGUCCAUCAGAAGCAUCGACAUCUCUCAAAUCCGAGCCAGUUUCUUUACCAAUCUUACCUCCCCAAACCACAAUUAAUCCAUUGAUGCAACAACUUAACGCACAUUCGAGUCAUCGUUAUCAGCAAAUUAUGUCAGAUGGUCACAAUGUUCACACGUUUUCAUCUCAUUCGCACAAUCAGGAGCAUGAUACUUGAGCCGAUUACGUAAACCUUGAAAUUGAAAUUAAGAGAAAGUUGUUAUUUGAAAGUUUAUUUUGAACCAAAAAAGAAUUAUAAGAAAAAUCAUAAAUACUUAAGUGAACUUUAGUUAUCAUCACUUUGGGUUCAUUGAAUGUAACAUUGAUUGAACUUGUAUUAUGUCAUAUGCAAUAUUCAAGUUAAUAUUAUUAAAUCAUUGAGACAAACAGGUAAAGCACAUAAUGAUGUGAAUAUUUAGGAAUUUCAGAUGAGAAUUUGGCUUGCAAGUGUUAAUUUAUUUUUCUAAUAAAAUAAAAGAGAAAAAUAAAAAAAAUAUUCUUCGCUUAAUAAUAAAUUUUAUUGUGAGUUUGAUAAAACUUUUCAAUAUUUAACUUAUUCAAUUUAUGAUGAAAGUUUCGACUGCAAUUUUUCAUCUGUUUGUGUAGAUGUUUGGUAGCACUCAAUAGCGAAUAGAAUUCAAAUGAAAAUUGUCUUGGGAAAAUAUUUUCCAACUUCAACAUUUCUUCAUUUCAGUGGAGUUCACGUAAACAAACAAUUUGCAGUCAAAACAAUAUUCAUCAAAAGUAUUUUAUCCAUUUUAUUGAUUAAAAUUAUUUCAAUUUUCUCAAUGUUUGUAAAACAUGAAAUUUUCAUCAUCUUCUAUUUAAUUAAAUAUUUAAAAUAUCUAUGCCUAAUUUGUAAUGUGGCGCUCAAGGUUGAGCUAGUCAAAGACUAUUACGAAGAGAAUAUUAAGAAGACUUUUGAGAAUCGAAUAAAUUUGCCUGAUGCAAUUGAAAUAAAUUUUUUGUUUUAUUUGUGUUUGAAGAAUCUUAGAAAUUUCAGAUGUGCGAAUUAUUUCUUUAAUUUUACAAUAGAAAUUUCAGCUAUGAAAAUUAUUGUGCUUAAAAGCAGCAAACUACCAAGUAAAUAAAAGGA